AUGGACGGCCCGCCGCCUUCCUCAACAACACCAACAACCGACCCCUCAAAACUCGAAUCCACCAACACGACAACAACCCUCCCACCCCUCCCCCUCAACCUCUCCACCCACAAACCCUUCAUAACCCUCCACUGGCUUCCCAUAAUGCUCACCUCCGGAAUCCUCCCCAUAACUCUCUACUUCGCCCUCCACUACGGCACCUCCCUCUCCCUCACCGUCGUCCUCACCAUCCCCCUCGUCCUCAUGGGCGUCGUCUCUCUCACAGCCCUCCUCCGGCGGAGCUGGAGACUUUCCUGCAAGGAGUCGGCUUGCCGACCUUUAGGGUGUGAGGCGAUGCGCUGGAGCGGGGAUUUCUUCCACUGGAAUUUCCUCGGCGGGUUCGUGGUUCUGACGGUGGUGAUUUCCGUCGAGAUAGGGGUGGGGAGUCUCUGUGCGUUGCCGUUGAGUCUUCCGAUCUUCUACAUCAGCGUUGAGCUGCUGAUUGCGCAGGUGGCGAUGCGGGCGGGGUGGAGGACGCCGGUGAGGAUGAGUAGUCUCCCCAGAGGUAGUCCCACUCACCCUGGGACUUUCAUCCUUGUGGAAGACGUUGUGGCUGUUGAUGGGGGGUUGGGGAGGGAGUGGAGAGAGGUGUGGGGGAGGCGGUAUGAAGCUGAUGGUGAGCUAAGGGCUUUGUUGAGGAGGUUGGAUCUGCUCUGGGCGAUUAAUAAAGACAUUGGGUAUACUGUGGGUUGGGGACUGCCCUGGGUUUGGGCGGGGGAUAUGGUUGUCAUCACGAUUUGGAUGGUGAAGAGGAUGUUGAGACGGCAAAGGGGAAGGUGA